UGUAUCUCGUUGCAUCUCUUUGAGUUCUUUAACUUCCCCCAGAGUUCUGAAUCGUCUGCCCUAAUCGUAGCCCACACUAUUCUCAUUUUCUUUUUCCACACGCAACCUUAUAACACUAAAGAAGAAAUGGAUCCAACUGAGCUCAAACGCGUGUUCCAAAUGUUUGACAAGAACGGUGACGGUUCAGUCACGAACAAAGAGCUGAGCGAGACGCUACGAAGCCUAGGGAUUCACAUCUCCGACAAGGAGUUGACUCAAAUGAUGGAGAAGAUCGACGUGAAUGGUGAUGGGUGUGUAGACAUAGACGAGUUCGGGGAGCUUUACAAGACGAUAAUGGACGAGGAAGACGAAGAAGAAGAGGACAUGAAGGAAGCUUUCAAUGUGUUUGAUCAGAACGGAGAUGGGUUUAUAACGGUGGAUGAACUGAAGGCGGUUUUGUCAUCCUUGGGGCUCAAGCAAGGUAAGACAUUGGAUGAUUGUAAGAAAAUGAUUAAGCAAGUGGAUGUUGAUGGUGAUGGUAGGGUUAAUUACAAGGAGUUUAGACAAAUGAUGAAAGGUGGUGGUUUUAGCGCUUUGGGUUAAUGUUAUUUUGUGUGUGUAUGUUUAUUUCGUCUUUGCUUUAAUUCUAUUUAUAAAUAUGAAAAGCACAAAAGAAAAAACACACAACACACAUGUUUAUCACUACAUAUAGCGCCAACUCCGUUAACUAAUAGUUGAUACCGGCGGAGGCUAGGCCUUAACGGCGUCUUGGUGGCAGAGCCGGCGUUUGAUGACAUUUUCUUCUUUGGUGGCUAGCUAGGGCCUAAUGUAUUGUAUCCGGUUGGUUUCGGUUUUUUAAUCCAAUUCCAUUUUUGUAAACCGCUUCUAAUCUCCAACUACCAGGGUGGUAUAGACGUACCUAUAUAUACAUGCAGGGCCGGAGGCAGCUUUGAGGGAGGGGGGACCCCUGUGAAUUUUUUAUAUAUAUAUUUAUAAAGAGGACCCCUAUGAAUUUCUAUGAAAAAUCACUUUUUGGUUGUAUUUUGUAUCAAAAAACUAGUGAAAUGUCUCCAAAUUAGUUGAUUGACCACUGUAAUUUUUGUUCAAAUUAAUUUGAACAUAUGACUUUAAGUUUAUUCUCCCAUUUAAUUAGCAUUUUUCCUUGUAUCCUUAUUUUUUUUAAUUGAAAAAAUCCCAAUACUUCUAUCUUUGACACAUGAUUAACCAUUUUCAUUGUACAUAUUUUUUCCUUUAUAAUUAUGUUUUAGAUUUUCUUAACUGUGUAUUAUUUCUGUUAACCACACUAACUUUUAUAUAUCAAAUUAUAUAUUUAAUAUUUUAUACUAGUAUUUAAGUAUAUUUGGCUAUUAAUUUAAUGACCCCAGUAAAAAUGGUGGCUGGCUCCGCCAAUAUAAUCUAUAUGUUAAUACUUAAUACGUAUAGUUACUUCAUAGUUUUACGUUGCCACAGUCAUGCUUAUGCAACUAAAUCGGGACUUUGGCGUGAUGAUUUAGUCGAACUAGGCUCCGUUCGGCUUCAAAAUACAUUUUGACAACAUUCUUUGUCAAUAACAUCGUCGAAAAUGCCUCGUUUCUUUCCAACAACCAUUUCAAAAAAAAUUGUCGGUAAGUUUCCAACAAACUGACGAUGAACGUCCUUUCCUACACUAAAACUCCGAUCAAUUAUUGGCUGUCUUAAAUGUACCGGAGAUCAUGGCCCUGCGACGACUUUCCAAAAUAUUUUGCUGACUUUUUUUGUAGUGAUGUUGCCAACCUAACUCUGUCGGCAUGGAGACUUUCCAAGAUACUUUAUCCGUUCCGAAUUUUUUUAAAGAAUUAUGAUACAUAUUAACGUAUUAUUUGUUGUAAUUAACUAUUUUAUAAAUUAAUUUUUAACCAAUAAAACUUUAAUAAACACUAUUUUUUUUUUAAUUUUACAAUUUACCUUUAAAUAAUGCAUUAAAAGCCCAUAUAUAACAAAAUGUUGACGAUAUGGCCAUAUGGGCUUUUUUACAUAUAAGGCUAGGUAUGAAAUUCGCCAUAUCACUCUGUUAGAGAUUAUACUUCGGCCCAUACCGAAAAUUCAAAUAAUAAUGUGGUUUAAUUUGGUUUAAGAUAUUACAUCGGUUUAAAUCAUCCGGUUAUAAACAAUUAGACCAGAUAGUUGCUACCACUACGAUUCAGUCCACCGCCUGGAGAGACAAGACACUCUUCCUCCUGAAAAGUUCGUCGCUUUCAAGCUCUCUGGAUCUUUGAAUACGUAAAAGUGCUGCAAGGGGCAAAAUGGGAAGAGAAAAGAAGAGUCCUGGAUUGAAGAUCCUCUGGGUUUGGACUAUUGGCACUGCUGCUAUAUUGGUGGCGAGUGUUGUCCGGACAAGAAUGCAUGACAUGGAGACGAUGAUGAACCAGGAACAAGCACCACCGAAACAAAACCAGAACGUAAAUGCUGGCCACUCUGUCUUAACGGAUGAAACUGUUUUGCCUGAGUCGGAUCGAGAGAUUGCCAAAGAACUCAAAUGAAGUACAAGACUUGUUCUGCUGUUUUUUCUUCUUCUUGUUUUAUCCUCUUCCUUUUGUUAGUUUAUGUAUGUGUAGUUUGCGACUAAUAUUAUCAUUAGAAGAUCCUAGAUGAUGUUACAUAGAGAAUAAUCUAAAAAAUGAAUCGACCAAGAAGUUUUAUGAGUGAA